AAGCUGAUUGGUCGGUGACGGAGUCGGUAAAGCUGAGGAUGUAUGCCGGUUCUGAGACCGGAGCCGCUAACAUGGAGAGGCUGUGUUUGUUCGGCGGGUUGUUUCGCGGGCUGCUGCUCCAUCUGCUCCCGCUGUUCCUGCUGCUGCUGUCCGGCUGUCAGGGCAAAGAGUCGGAGCUGAACUAUGUGACCUGCGGCUCGCUGGUCAAGCUGCUCAACACGCGACACAACGUCCGCCUCCAUUCACACGAUGUCAAAUACGGAUCAGGCAGCGGACAGCAGUCUGUCACCGGCGUGGAGAGCGCAGACGAUGCCAACAGUUACUGGCAGAUCCGUGGGAAGCCAGGGCAUCCAUGUCAGCGCGGCUCGGCCAUCAAAUGCGGUCAGGCCAUCCGGAUCACACACAUGAAGACCAACCGAAACCUUCACACCCACCACUUCAGCUCUCCCAUCUCCAAUAACCAGGAGGUCAGCGCCUUCGGAGAGAACGGAGAGGGGGACGAUCUAGAUGUGUGGACCGUCCAAUGCGAUGGCAUCUACUGGGAGCGGGAUGAAACUGUACGCUUCAAACAUCUGGGCACAGAAGUCUUCCUCAGCGUUACAGGCGAGCAGUACGGCCACCCGAUCCGUGGACAGCGGGAGGUGCACGGCAUGAGCUCCCCCAACCAGCACAACUGGUGGCGCACCAUGGAGGGUGUGUUCAUUCAGCCCAGCCAGGAGCCACUGCGGCAUGAUGAACUCUGACAUGAGCUGAAUAGUUGAUUUUGGACAUGCUCUCUUCUCUGGCGCCGCUUUCCAGCUCCCUGAGCCAAACGUUUUUUUUUUAGUGAUGUAGAUAUGACUUUUAAUGUGACCUGGGCGGGGGGGGGUAUGUCCAUUGAAUCUGUGCACACUGUAGUCCCGUUAAAGUGUGUUUUUCAGAAAAGACAAACUUUAAUAACGCAUAUGGCGUUUAACCCGUCCUGAAUGUCCUCAUUUCACUCCUGUUAUUUACUGAGUUUGUUUAGACAUGGAUCCAGUGUCAUUCCUUCAAUUAGACUGUGUUUUAAUACAGGUUUGUUUCAAUCAAUGAUUAGAUUUAAUGUUGACUUAAGAAGGGAAAACUUGCUGAAAGUGCUGAUGGCGUUUACAUUCACAGUACAACUUUCUGACAGACUUUGAUUUCUUCUUAUAAAAAAAAAAAUCUGUAAUCAGGUGUGCCAUCAGGCAUCUUAACACCUUUCUGUGGUUAUAAAGUUUAGUUCUAUAA